AUGAAGGACUAUGUUGUAGAACUGACCGACGUCUACGACAUCUUCCGCAAAGCAUGCAUAACGACGGAGGAAUUAUGUGACAAUAACCAAUAUUCAUGCGAGCCCUUUUUGAGUUUCAACGACGCCAGCAGAGAGGUAUCAUUCGAAAAACUCCCGAUGAUUAUGAUUCUACAAUUGGGAAGGUUCUCAACGACGACGUCCGGCACCCAGAAAGUGAACACCUACCUGCCUACCCCUCUAUAUAGAUUUGCGCUGUUUUUGUGUAAAAUGCUGCAAGAUGGUUAA